AUGUCCAUGGCGCUCCCUUGGGAUACCGCUUUCUCUCGACGUGAAGCCUGUCAGGCUGUCGAGGAUUUAAUGGCCUCCAUGUCCGUCCUGAACUCUGUUCAAAUGGCUUCAGACUUGUUUUACUAUGAGCCAAUCACUCCUCCCUCUGCCUUGCCGGCAAGGCAGAGCUCCAGCACCGUCCACAGUCGUUCGACCUCAGGCUCCUCUAUAUACACUCUUGAUUCCUCGCCCGAAUCAUUUGUCACCAACCAUACUACCCCAAACCGGUCACCUGCAUACUAUCAGCAUGGUCGCACCCUUUUGCCGAAGAUUCGUCCACAGGACCUUGUCCAUGAACCAGCUUCAAAUAGAGGACCGCAUCGUCACCGAAAGGCUCUAUCGAGCACGCUCAAUCCCCCUGGCUUCACUCCGUAUUCUAGCGGUCGACCCUCGACAUAUCGUGCAGCCGGCGACCCCACAAUGCUAGUUGCUCCGAUUUCCACUGCCUCGUUUGUCGGCGCUCAUCAUGGCCCAGGGUUGACAUCUCCGAUCGCAAUGGCUCCAGUAGGGUCUCGCAAACGGGUUGCUCACUCUCGCAAUGUUUCUGCGUCCAGUAUUGAUGAAUCAACGCUGAACCGCUAUGGUUAUCCGACUUACCGCCAGCUGCCCAAAUACGUUCCCCAAUGUAGUUCAACAAACCCCGUCUCUACGGCAGAAGCAACAUAUCCAAGCUACCUACCCCUUCCGCAGGAGCCUCCUGUCCGCCAAUCACAUGCGAGCGCGAAAGGACCUUUUUUUAUCUCUGACGAUACCCGCAAAGCAUUCGAUGCUACUCAAGUUACCAUCAAGGACCCGCCUGUCUAUACUUCUUCCUCCACAACCCUUGUCGAGUAUCUCACUGGCCCCACUCAAGCAAUAAAUUUGGUUCAAAACGUAUCAUAUAACCCGUCUCGCCUCAAUCAAACGCAUUUUUGGUGGGAUGUGCGGAAUCUACGACGAUGGUCAUCGUUCUCCCUCCCUACUCUGAAUGAUAUCCCAAACUUCACCAAGCUCCUCACGACUGAAAUUCCCCAGAGCCUCACGCCACCGGCAAACGUCUCCUCAUCCCGAUUGUCACCGGAGUCUGAGCUCGCUCUUGCAGAUCUAAUCCGCGAUAUCUACGCUCCACGUGUCAAUGCUGCGCUCCGCGUCUCCCAAGGCCACGACAGCAUGACUCUUUACCCUGCGCCGGAUGCAGUUUCAGACCACGAAAACGGACCUCAUUUUCUCGCAAACUACCCCACUGAUACAGAAACAACUGCGUCUGGCGCUCCACGCGGUCGUGUAGUGGGCCUUGUUAAAAGCUUUGAUCGCUGGAAUACCGGAAUGCGUAAUGAGCAGCCUCAUCGCCGCGUUGAGUAUCUCAACGGCCUGUCCCACUUGCAAAAAUGUAUGCGUGAGCAUUCCUGCCGGUAUGGUUUUAUCAUGACCGAGAUUGAGCUUGUCUGUGUUCGAGCUGGCUGUGACGAAGGAGAUGAUGUCCCUUACUUUGGAUACUUGGAGCUUGCACCCCCAAUCGCCACUAAGACAUCCUCGGCUUCCUACAAUCCACUCGCUGCAUCCUCUCUUGAGCGUACCCUUUCAUCGGAUUCUUACCAGUCAUCCGACUACUCCGGCUCCUCUCGCUCUGCUUCUCCAGACCAAGUUCGAUCUUCAUCCGGGCUUUCCGGGCCUUUCACAGCAACGCUAGCGCUCUACUAUCUACUGAUGCUCUCCAAGGCAGUCCCCCUCCCAGGCCAGCCAUCUUGGCAUUUGAAUGUUGGCGGACCAGGUGCUCUGACCCGCCAACGAGUCCUGGCAGAGGGAAAAGAUAAAUGGAUUCCAGAUCCCCAACAGCGAGAACGGAGAGAAGCAAAACGUAUCCGAGGCUGGGUCUUGCCUCAAGACCCAUGGCAUCGUCGAGAAGGUGGUGGCGCAAACCGAGCCAAGGCUGCAAAAGCAAAAAAGUGGCAUAAGUGA